UCUUUUUACGUUGGAAGCAUCUUAUUGUCACAUAUUAUUUAUUCAAAUGCUGAGAGAUGGAGGUCGGACGUGAAUUCAUUGCCGGUUGGUGCGCAGGAUGCGCUGGAGUGAUUGUCACACAACCGUUGGAUACUGUGAAGGUGAGAAUGCAAGUUCUCUCUUCAGGAAGAAAACCAGCCGUUACCACAUCGUUUUCCUGUUUUUACAAUAUCAUCAAACAUGAAACGGUAUUCGGUUUGUUCAAAGGCAUGGCACCUCCUCUUGCUGCUGUGGCCCUACAGAACGCCAUUUUAUUUGGAGUAUAUGGUAAUGUGCUGAAAAUGUUCUCAUCCGAGAAAGGGGACAAGCCAGCGCUGUCUCACGUCUGUGUGGCCGCGGCUGCCUCGGGAGCCGCUCAGCUCUGGGUGGUGAGUCCUAUGGAACUUAUCAAGAUCAAACUACAGAUGCAAACCGAAGUUUCGUUAGGAAAGCAUGGGAAAUCUUCGCACUAUCGCGGAGCUCUAGAUUGCAUCCGCAAGAUUUACAAGACGGCCGGUAGCAGGGGAUUUUUCCAAGGAGCUACACCUCUUGUUUUCCGGGAUAUCCCGGGCUUUGCCGUUUACUUUGCAUCAUACGAGAUCCUUCUGGAUGCGCUCUCACAAAAAAAGUCACGCACUGACAUGCAACCGCUGGUUACAGUGUUCGCUGGAGGCCUUGCUGGAAUGAUAAGCUGGUUCUCCACUUUUCCGUUUGACGGCAUUAAGUCUCGUAUGCAGGCAGAUGGGAAUAAAGGACUUUUUAUCUACAAAGGAACUGCGGAUUGUUUUCUUCAAACGUACAGGGCAGGAGGCUUGAAAAGUUUUUACGCGGGCCUAGGACCAUGCUUACUACGAGCGUUUCCACACAACGCAGUUCUUUUCCUUGUGUACAACUUGGUCUCGAACUGGUUAGGAGAAUCGCAUCUCAAUAAUGGCCACAAUUUAAAUGUGGAUUAAUUAGAGCCAAAAGAGAACAGUUAGUUGGUUAAGCGUUUUACCUUCAUUUACCAACAUUUAUGUACGAAGUGUAAUAGAAACGGAGAAAGUAGAUUGAUUCCUCUUUUAAAUUAAAUGAACUAGAAAUUUGACAAAUUA